CCUCUUUCAUCAUCAAAGUGUGUUCAUAUUUUUCUUCUAGCAAACGACUUAAUUCAACCAUGGGGGUGUUCACAUUCACCGAAGAGUACACAUCCUCGAUUCCUCCGGCGAGAUUGUUCAAGGCCCUGAUCUUGGACUCCCAGAACCUCAUCCCCAAGCUCAUGCCUCAAGCUAUCAAGAGCAUCGACAUCCUCCAAGGCGAUGGAGGGCCCGGAACCAUCAAGCGGAUCAACUUCGUUGAAGGUAGUCAGCUCGGCGGCUUGAAGAAUCGCGUGGAUGAACUGAACGAGGAGACGUUCACGUACAAGUAUACCAUAAUCGAUCUCGAGGAGAAGUUCGAAUCCAUUGCUUACGAAGUCAAGUUCGAGCCGACACCGGAUGGUGGGAGCAAGAACAAGAUGACCAGCACAUACUACACCAAGGGCGAUGUCGAGCUCGCAGAAGAAGACAUCAAAGCCGGCAAAGAGAGAGCGUUGGGAAUGUACAAGGUCGCCGAAGCGUACCUCAUCCAAAACCCCGAUGCUUAUGCUUGAAACUACAAGAGCUCUCUGUCAAUGAAUUUGGGACAAUCCUUCUCAAUAAGCACACAUGGUAUAUUGUGUCUUGUCUCAAAGU